AUGGGGCGCGUGACGUCACGGGGGCAUGAAUGGGGCGCGUGACGGCGCGGGGGCGCGAAGCCACGCCCCCUCCGUGGCGCGCCACGAUGGAGCCGGGGCCGGGAACGGGGCCGGGAACUGGGAUCGGGAAUAGGAUCGGGAAUGGGAUCGGGAAUAGGGCCGGGAAUAGGGCCGGGAGCGGAACCGCAGCGCUGGCCCGCGACCUCCUGCGUGCUGACGGGGGCUUCGCGGGGCUUCGGGCGCAGCCUGGCCCGGCUGCUGGCCCCGCGGCUGGGUCGGGGCUCGCUGCUGGUGCUGCUGGCCCGCUCCGAGGAGCCGCUGGCCCAGCUGGCGACCGAGCUGCGGGGCUCCGCCGCCGCCGGGCUGCGGGUGGAGUGCGUGGCCGCCGAGCUGAGCACCCAGCAGGGGCUGAGGAAGGCGGUGGAGGCGCUGCGGGAGCUGCUGCCCUCGGCGCCGCCCGGCCCUUUGCUCGUCGUUAACAACGCCGGCUCCCUGGGAGACAUCUCCAAAUCCUUCCUCGACCUCACCGACCCGGCUGAAAUCAACACCUACUUCGCCUUCAACGUCACCUCGGCGCUUUGCCUCACCACGGCCGCCCUGCAGGCCUUCGGGAAGCGCCCCGGCUCGAGCAGGACGGUGGUGAACAUCUCCUCCCUCUGCGCCCUAAAGCCCUUCAAGAACUGGGCGCUGUACUGCGCGGGAAAGGCUGCCCGGGACAUGAUGUUCCAGGUGCUGGCGCUGGAGGAGCCCGACGUGCGCGUGCUCAACUACGCCCCGGGUCCUCUGGACACGGACAUGCAGCUCUUGGCCCGCACGAAGACCGGAGACCCCGAGAUGCGGCGGCAAUUCCAGAGCCUGCAGGAGAGCGGGCAGCUCAUCGACUGCUCCGUGUCGGCCCAGAAGCUCCUGAAGCUCCUGGAGGAGGACGCCUUCAGCUCCGGCGCCCACGUGGACUUCUACGACGUCUGAGCUGCUCUCACCUGGCCCCUCGCCUGCGUGCUUUGCUGUCGUACUUCAGAGAAGUAAGAGCAGGAGGUCAUCACCCCUGGCUCUCCCCAUCUCUCCAGAGACCCUCCUGCAGCUCGGGGGCUCUCUCAGAGCCCAGAGGGUUUGGGAUCAGAGCUGAGCAGUUCCCAGUGCUGCUUGCAGGCAGGGAGCUGCCAGGAGAGGGAGCUGCCUGCGCAGGAGAUGCGAACACCGGGGUGCCUGCCCGGAGCUCCAGCUGGCACAAGCAUAGCCCUGGGCGAGGGUUUGAUCACUGCCCUGAGUUUUUCCUGUUUUCUUGGGGCUGGGGCUGGGGUUUGAGCCUCUUCCAGGUUGUUCUUUUAGUUAUUUGUGGGCUUUUAGCCUCAUUUUUCCAAGUUCCAUGAGGCGUAAGCCCACUCCUUGGAGUGCCAGAGGUGGGACAAGCACAGUGCUGGUGGCGAGGCUGGCACCCCCCACCUGCCCCAGAAACGCCUAGCUCCUUCUGCCACCCUGUUCUUGCAGCCUUUUAUUCCGAGAUUAUUUUUCUGUCUCCCUACGUCUCCAGUCAUUAAAAGUUUCCUGUCUGCUCUGGUC